GCGCGUCAAACCGCUAAACACAAUAACCAAACCAAACCAAACCCGCAAGGGGAGUGGGCCGAAGAUCCGCUUUCGCUUUUUCUUUUGCUUUUUCGUCCCGCCGCACGUGUUGGCGACGCUCGGGCGCCCCAUCGUGCGUGGCUGUUCUGAGGGUAUGCGCCGGCAUGCAGCGUUUCGUGCACAUGACGUGUGUAUCUCUGGUUUCUGUGCUGCGUGUAGGGCUUGAUUGCGUCGACAAGACAAGCAGCCGGCGGCUUGUCUGCCCUCUCAGAGGCCCGCUGAGUGGUCAAGCAGCUGGACAGACAGAUCGAUGGCGUCUGUGUGGAGGUGCGUGUGUGCGUGUCACAGACAAAUGCAAUUGAUACAAACGCACAUGUGUGUGUGGCCGCAUCAAUUGCGUACAUUGUCUGUCUGCAGGCUGCCCAUUGUGCUGCUCAUUCUGUCCGUCGGCCUGUCACCGCUGCCGUCCUCGGCCGCCUUCGUCCGGCCCGUCCGACUGACACACACAGCGCCCAUCCCACUGACACACCCAGGGCCAUCCCACCGUGCACCGCAGCCCACACCGACGUCACCUGGGGAAAUGCCGGUGACCGUGCUGAGUGCGGGAGGAGGAUUCAACUUGUACAAGCAUCUCAGCCAGCGGGAUAUCGCCUUUGCUGGCAUUGGAUCGUUCCUGCUCGGGAUCUACGUGGAGCUCCUCUACCUCGCAGACGCCGUUGACGUCAGGUAAUGGACGAGGCUGUAUUGUGUUUGUGUAAUGAAGUCCGUAUGUGUGUGCGUGUGCAGAUCGAUGAGUGGUCCGGAUAUCGUGUCCAAGUUGGCGAGCGUCGAGGUCGAGGUGGACGCCGUUGCCGCGGCUCCUCGGCUCGCCGUGAUCGCACUGCUGGCGUCCAGUGUUAUGUACUCGUGGAACAAGCUUAUCCCAGGGGCCGACACCAUCCCCAGAGACCGUAAGUAGCGAUGGCUGCAUGGGAUGGGUGGGUGGAUGGAUGGAUGGAUGGAUGCGCAUGGACAAACAGACACGCACACGGACCCAUUUGUGUGUGUCUGUGAUAUCAAUCAAUCAAUCCCUCAGGUGACCUGCCGCCGGAUGUACAGCUGCUCGAGAACAGCCGGAGAAAGGCAGCCGCAGGAGAACAACAGAAACCGCUCAGGCUGCGGGAUGUGAGUGUGCGGGAUGCAGACUGCAUGUGUCUGGGCUCGGCCGUUGGCGGUUUUUUGGUCUGGGGCGUCCAGCUUCUUCUGCUUGUUCUGGCAACCACAGUCGACGCAUCCGUGAAAGUGGUCAGUGCACUAGUGAUCGCCAAUCUCACGUUCUGGUUCGUCUUCUGGUGGAAGCGGGUGGCCGAUGACUGACUGACGGAC